UUUCGAGAUUUCCCAUCCCUUUCUCCCUCUCGAGCGAGUUGGCAGCACUGAAUUAGUGUAAGCUUAACUAACGCACGAUCAUGUCCAAGAAAUCCACCGAUUCUAGCCAGGGUGGCCGAGACCUCGAGGACAAAUCCUCCGAAUUUACAGUGGAGAAGUUUAUGGCCAAGCGGUAUCUGCGUGGACGUCCCCAGUACCUGGCCAAGUGGGAGGGCUAUUCAAUGGAGCAGUCCACCUGGGAGCCUCUGGAGAACUUGGGCAAUUGCAUGACGCUGGUUGCGGACUUUGAGGCGGAACUAUUCAAGAAGAGCCAGGAAAAACAGAAUACCCAAUGACAAGGAGAUGUUAAUGCAAAUUGUUGUUUACAAAUAAAAGCUAAAAAGAUGUUGUGCCUUUUAAAAAA